AUGGGAAACCCCGUCUACGACGCUCUGUCUGAUGUACAGGAGGACCUUAGGCUGAUCCUGUACGACGUCCGAGGGAACACUCACGACAUCGCGGUGGGUAAUCCUCGACUAAAGGAAGCACUUCGUAAGGCAUCGAAGGUGAAUGAUCCCAUCCUCAGCAAUCCGCUGCCGUCACCGUUGCAGGGAUCCUUCGAGAUUGGCGUGGGUACUCGCCUUCACACAGGAGCAUUGGCACCUAGCCCNGACACGGAGUGUAGGGUGUCAACAGUGUCCGCUCGCAAUGUGGAGAUUGACGUGAAGCAUGCGAGGGAGGUAGACAAGAGCAGUGCGGGUGCUCCCAGGAAGUCGGGAGGGAAGGGCGGGGCCGACAAGAAAGGCAGGUCGGGAGUGGAUGAGGGGUCGGAGCCCGGGGAGGGCAGGGAGAGCAGGAAGCUUGCUACGGUCACCAACUUUGAAUGGCAAGUGAUGGAGGUGGGCGAUCCUGAUGAAGAUGAGGAUCCCGACGAUCUUGCCUCCGACUAUGAAGACCUUGCCUCCGACCAUGAAGACGACCACGAUGAUGUAGACGACCGCGAUGACGAAGCCGACAGCAAUGAUGAAGACGACCAACAAGGCGGGAUCAAGAAGGUGGUCAAGAAGGAGCAGGAAUGUGCCAGCGGUAAGAGCAAGGGCAAAGGGGCGGAUAGUGAAACGGACGAAGACCCGGACGAGGAAACUGGGCUGUGGGGGGACGUAGAUGGCGGAGAAUUUGCGCACCUUGGCCGCGCGUUCGACGUGAAGGAGUCAGCCUACGACACGUGGGCGGCCGCAUUCGCCACGGUCAUCGGAGAGCUCGAAGAAGAAGGGCAUCUAACCCUUCAAAAGAAGAGGCGCAAGUUGGCUAAAGCCCUGCCGCCCACAGUGGUCGACGAGAGAUUCGAUGACGUCCGCAAGUGGACGACGGCUGGCGUCAAACCCACGGACAUGUUCAAACUGCUGAAAAUGCACUACGACGGUUUGUGCUUGGCGAAAGAUGAGAAGAAGAAGGUGUAUAACGCCAUAAAAAAGAUUCAAAACGAGUUGUACUCCACGCCUGAGGAUGGCGCCAAUUUCCUCGCGAAGUUGGAAGCUGAGCCCGGGAUGUUCGUCAAGCGCACUUUCGACAGCCUAGGGAGGAUCGUUGAUGUGUUCUGGGCCACCGUCGACCAACAGGACAAGAUGGCGGCGACCGGCUGUAUGCAGAUGGAUACUACAGUGUUCACCGACAGGUACGGGUGCCCACUCCUGUUCAUAGUGGGCGUGGACGACGAAAACCGCACGUGCGUCUUGGGACAGGGCGUCCUGCGGUCGGAAAGCACCGAAACCUUCAAGUGGUUCUUGGACUCGUACGAGGAAGCUGCUGGUGGACGGAGGCCAAAGGUCAUGCUGACCGACGCAGACCAGGCCAUGGCCGCGGCCUUGAGGGAGUGGAAGACCAUCGUGCACCUGUGGUACUUGUGGCAUCUCAACAAGGACGUGGUCAAGCACUGUUCUUCGUUCUUUUCUGACCCGAGGACACGGGAGAAGAUGCUCCGUCUAUUCAGAAACGCUGCGUACGCCGCUACGCCGGAGGUCAUGCUGACCGACGCAGACCAGGCCAUGGCCGCGGCCUUGAGGGAGUGGAAGACCAUCGUGCACCUGUGGUACUUGUGGCAUCUCAACAAGGACGUGGUCAAGCACUGUUCUUCGUUCUUUUCUGACCCGAGGACACGGGAGAAGAUGCUCCGUCUAUUCAGAAACGCUGCGUACGCCGCUACGCCGGAGGCCUUCGCUGCAUACCGGGCUGACCUGGAGAGGACCGUUGCGACCAGUACAUCCGGGACCUUCUCGACGAAGUGGGCCUUCUCCUGCCGGCCGACAGCGCUCACGCUGGGCAUGGUUGCCACGAAGCGCACCGAGGGCAUGUUCGGGGUGGCGAAAAAGUCCGGGAUACACAAGAAGCUGUCUCUGUGCGCUCUGUGGGACCGCCUCCAACAUGUGUACCAGACAAUGGACAUUGAGCACGGCAGCCAAUACUGCCAACUGGAGGCUAAGGACGAGCUCGGAGGAUCCCAGUCGUACGACGUAGAAGUCAUCUGCGUAGGAGCGGCGGACGACGAAGGCCACCCCGUGCCUCUGGAGGGUGAUGUCCUGCGUCAACAGCUUGAGGCCGCACACUUCGACUUCAAUCUUUGCGAGGAAGGGCCGCCCGACACUGACCUGGAAAUCGACUGCAAGCUUGACCCGGAGGCUGAAUCGACCGAAGACAACACCGUUUGGGCGCGUACGUCUUUGGAGGCGCUGUUGGACCUCUUCAGCCGAGUUCCCGUCCAUCUUGCCGCCGCCGUGCCGUACAAACUCACGCCUUCACGGCCGGGCCAUGUUGUUGUAUCUGGCCCGGGUGGCUUCUACUUGUGCUCUUGUCUGAAGCUUAUGCGCCACGGCCUACCAUGCAGGCACUACUUUGCCGUGCUUUUUCGCUUCGUCGGCGGCAAGUUCGGGGGAGUCCUUCUUAACCACGAGUUCGACGGCAACAGCGUGCACACACGCUGGCGGCAAUCACCAGACGGCAGCCACGCCCCCUGGACCGCCUCCAGAGUGUUGGAAGGGGCAGGGCAGGGCGACGGCUGGGAUGGAUGUGACCACGGCCAAGACGACAACUUCUGGGGGCCGACGUACGACGACGACGGCGGGGAGGGCGGCGUGCACCCCGCAGAACGUGCGGCAAAAGCGGCCGCGGAUCGAUCGGCGAGUGACCAUCGCCGCGUGUUCGCGACUCUGAUGGCCAGGAACAAGGAAAACGUCACCGAAAUAAUGAAGACGGUUCCACACGCCAAAGCCUCGGAGAUACAGGCUGAACUGGACAAGUGGGUGAGGUUCCAGCUUGCCGAAGCUACCGGCGAGAAGAAGAGCGGGAAUCCAGCGCAGGUAAAAGCGAAAGGGAGGCCUAAGAUAUCCAAGUCAGAGGGAUCAAAGACGUCUCUGGUGCUGGGUCUGGAGCAAAGACCCGUCGGCCUACCAAAGAGAAAACGUCGUGGCGUACGACACGUAGUCCCUAGUAACAGAUCAACGGCCGGGACACAUGGAUAG